CUCCGGGCGUCUUUUUCAUCAGGUCAUGUCAAGGGGUCAGUUUGCGGUAUUAUGAGGAGGAGAGCUGUUACAGUCAUCCGUUUUCGAGGGUAGUCGAGCGUUGUUUACUAGGCCAUUAAUUGGUCCAACUCUGCACAUUUGACUUCUACUCUGCGUUCAUCUGACGACGGAAUGGCGGAUUGGAAGAUGCCAGUAAGUUACAACUUCAACCCGUCUUAUCAUGCGUAUGCAUACGGGCUCGUGUACCCGCAAGUGUCUGAGCACGGCCACCCGAAUCUCGGCUGGACCGAGGCCGCGUACACUCACUCCGGCGGGGUCACCGCGACCUAUUACUCCGCUCAAACCGCACAGCAGUCGCCGCCCUGGAGCCCGGAGAACGGCAACGGCAGCGCCUACGGCCACUACCCGAGCCACACGCAGAACGGGCGGCUCUUCCUUUCCUACAAUAAGACUGAGCCCGAUUUGAAGCCGAAAGACGCGGAGCAGGUCGGCAGCGAUACACCCAGUGAUUCAGAGGCCCAUACGCCAGAUUCCUGGAGCUCUGGCAGCAGUCGUGAGGGGACCACUCUGACCGACCUCAAUCUUCAGUCCUGGGGAGAUGGGGACUAUGAGACGGACAGUGGCAGUCCUGAUAGUGGAGAGCAGAUCUCAAACUCCAUCUCUGUAGCAAAAGAGGAGCCAGUGAGUCUGAAUCUGGGGGUGGAAGCCUUGCCUCCGCUGCCUACAUUAACCACAUCUCCAGCCCGACCUCCAACUCAGACCCGCAAGACCCGGGCUGCCUUUUCUGAGGAGCAGAUGAAUGCUCUGAUCCACCGAUUCAAUAUCCAGAGAUACCUCACACCCGCAGAGAUGAAGACACUUGCUGGAGCAACGGGACUAACGUACAAACAGGUGAAAACAUGGUUUCAAAACCGUAGGAUGAAACUCAAGAGGCAUCAAAGAGACAGUAGUUGGAUGACGGAGAGGUAUGUCGUCAAUGCCAUACCCAACACACCAGCUCCUCAUUCUCAGUUUCAGACUGAAACCCCUCGAGCAACCCAAGACCCCUACAGCAACCCUCAGGUGAGAGAGCCUAUGUUCAAGAGGAGUCCUCCACAAACGCCCUUCUACCCCAGCUACCCACAACAACACUCUCCUACCCAGGCCACCGCAAGACCCCCGGGAAACUGGCCUGUGCCCCCAGCUGUGACGCACUAUGAGUUCCCCAACCCUGCUAGCUACGUGCAAGCCCAUGAUUGCAGCAAUGUGGCCAACAAAGGCGGCAGCCCUACUCCGAUGGCAUCCAUGCCUAGUGUCGCCCAGUGGACAACGAAAGGAAUGACUUUGCUGUGAGUUCGGCUGCUUGUGUAUAUUCACGUUCAGCCCCACAGCCUGGGCGUUUACUGUAUUUGUAAAUAAUUAUUUUCUUUUUUUUUUUUGGUUUGUUUUUUGCAACAAACCGUUGGAUAAUUUUUAGGCAGUGAUGCCAUGGGUUGCCAGUUGGGGUCAAAUGAGACAUGUCUCAAGAUUUUUGAUUUCUGUAAAGUUUGGCUUUUUUUUUUUUUAAACUCUCAGCAUGUUUUAUACCCAGAUCUAUUUUUAUAACUUCAUUGUACCUUACAGAGUAUUUAAUAUCAUGAUCCUUUGCUCUUCCAGGUGCUUGUUUACUUUUUUUUUUUUUUUUUUGGAUUUAGUCAGGACAAGUUGAUUUUCGACUUGCAUGAAUUUGUAUAUAUGCAAGGCACUGCUCAAGAUCUGAUGUGUGUGGGAGCACGUUGUCUGUACUGCACUGUUUUGUUCGGUGUAUCAAUUUUCCUGCGUUUCACCGCUUCUGUGUAUGUGAUCUGUGCUACAUUUUGUGCGUUUUCUUAUAGAAAAUUCUUGCUCUCUGUACCUGGUCUAGACUAAUGGAACAAUGUAUUGUAAAUGCCACUCAUUUAGGCUUGUGCUUGCAAAGUACUCAUGCCCACCCAAAAACUGUUUUGACCCUGUUGAGCAAUAAAUUUUAUCUGAAGUUUAA